ACAAAUGGAUGAGGCAAAAGAAGAAACGUCUUCAAAUCGUGAGGAAGAAUAUCAACCUCAAAAUACUUCUACUAUUUCACUAAAUGAUGAAAAUUUCGACAAAUUUAAUGAAAAUAAACGUCACCGUCCAAAAAUUGACGAAGCUGAAAUUGAUAGAAAAAUGAUGGAAUUUAUUGCUUUGAAAGAACAAAAACAAAGACAGAGUGUUGUUGAUUUGAAUGAAACUUAUGAAGUUUUGCCUCAAUUUAAUGAAGUCCCAGACGACGACCAGGAAUACUUUAAACACUUAUUUCUCAAAAAGUUGAAGAUUUGCACUGAAAUUUUUGAUUUUUCUAUUGAUCCGCUUUCUAAUUUAAGGCAAAAAGAGAUAAAAAGAUCAACAUUGAAUGAAUGCAUUGAUUUUAUUACUUUAAAAAAGGCUGUAAUUCAUGAGGAUUUUUAUGUGCCUUUAUUUGAUAUGUUCUCUAAAAAUGUUUUUCGUGUUCUUUCCCCACCAACACAUCCAACAGGGACAGAGUAUGAUCCUGAUGAGGAUGAUCCAACACUAGAACCUUCUUGGCCACAUUUACAAUUAGUUUAUGAUCUUUUUCUUCGAUUUAUUGAAUCUCCAGAAUUUAAUAUUCAAUAUGCAAAGGAUCUUUUAAAUCAAAAAUUUAUUAUUAAUUUGUUAGAUUUAUUUGACAGCGAAGAUCCUCGUGAACGGGAUUUUCUAAAAACAAUAACUCAUCGAAUUUAUGGAAGACUUGUUGCUUUUCGACCUUUUAUUAGAAAACAAAUAAAUAAUAUUUUUUACACUUUUAUUUAUGAGACUGAAAGGCAUAAUGGAAUUGCUGAACUUUUGGAAGUUUUGGGAAGUAUAAUUAAUGGUUUUGCAAUUCCUCUUAAAGAUGAACACAAAACAUUUUUAAUGCGUGUAUUGUUACCUCUCCAUAAGGCAAAAUAUUUAAAUGCUUAUCACCCUCAAUUAGCUUAUUGUAUUGUACAAUUUAUUGACAAAGAUCCAAGUUUAACAGUUGCUGUAGUUAUGGCUUUGUUAAAAUAUUGGCCUAAAGUGCAUAGUCCGAAAGAGGUAAUGUUUUUGAAUGAAUUGGAAGAAAUUUUGGAUGUUAUUGAACCAACAGAGGUAGCCGAGAGAGCAUUGUAUUUUUGGAAUAAUGAAUGUAUUUUAGCUUUAAUAAGUGAGAAUGUUCAACAAUUAUUGCCUAUAAUGUUCCCUGCUUUAUACAGAAAUUCAAGGAAUCAUUGGAACAAAACAAUUCACGGCCUAAUCUACAACACAUUAAAAUUAUUUAUGGAAGAAGACCAAAAACUUUUUGAUUGUUGUGUCCAAAAUUUUUCAAAAUUAAAAGAUUCUGAAAAUUCUGAAGUGGAGGAAAAACAACGAAAAUGGCAACAAUUGGAAGAAAUUGCUAAUAUUAAUGCCAAACAAAUUUUGAAAGAAGAGGGAUAA